AUGUCUGUUAGAAUUCACCUUGACAGACCGCACGCGCAUUUCACGAAUCUUGACUUCAUCACGGGGAAAGUCAUCCUCCUGCUUACUACGGACACUCCCAUCACCUCCAUCGUCGUAAAGCUCGAAGGCGAGAGCAGAACGAGACUUGCAGCUCCGAAAUAUCCGCACAAUGACCGCAAUGAAAAGAAGAGGACGGAGGUGGAAUCUCACAAGCUUCUAUACAAAGUCCUUACACUGUUUCCAAUGGAGAGUGCGACAGAUCUUGCAGGUGGAAACAACAUAUACUAUACCCUUCCGCCCGGUCACCACGAAUAUCCCUUUCAAUUUAAAUUUCCUUUCAACAAUGACUGCAGCAAGCAUAUGAGCACAAACCUUAACAUGGGUGGGUUAAGGCUGGAGGUUGCCCGCGACACGAAUAAGCAUGUUCGAAAGGCCCUUCCUCCAUCACUGACAGGGUUCCCUGGGGAGGCGGAAAUUAGAUACUAUGUGAAAGCAACUGUUGGACGACCACAAUUCUACAAGGAGAAUUAUAGAGGGUAUGCUGAUAUCAAAUUCCUGCCAAUCGAACCUCCGAGACAAACAGAUACGGGUGUGGAGUCAUACGCUAGACGCCAACAACAAUUCUCCAAAGUCAGCAGUAUACCGGAAAAGAAAGGUCUGUUUCAGAAAUCUAAUCCACCAUCUCUGAUCGAUCUCGAUGAAGAACCUCCAAAAUUUUCUGUCGAUGCCAGAUUACCUAGUCCUCCAAUAAUAACCUGCAACGAACCAUUCCCCUUGCGAAUAUUGGUGAAAAAACUCAACGAGAGUUCAGAAACUAUCUUCUUGCAAAUGAUACAGGUCGAAUUAAUUGCAUACACCCACAUCCGGGCUCAUGAUCUGACCCGGUCAGAGAGUGGAAGCUGGGUUAUUAUCAGCCUGAGUAAUAUGAACAUACCCCUAAUCGACGGUAAUGUCCCUGCUGGGAAGGAGUGGAAAGUAGAUUCCAGCUUGUGGGACCGUAUCCCGUUGCCCAGUUCUGUGGCGCCGUCGUUCGAUACGUGCAAUAUUUCGCGCACCUAUGAUUUGGACGUGCGUGUUGGGUUGACGCAUGGAUUGUCCGGAGCAAUGAAGCCUGAGCUUGUUGUCCUUCCCCUUCGGAUGGCUGUUCAAGUAUACUCUGGAAUCGCUCCUCCCAAGGCCCUCUUAGAGGCCAUCCGGCGCUCCCCACGCAAAGACAGCAAUGUGUCCGAGGUUCCUCCAGCCCAACUUCCGCGGCCACAGGCGGCCCCUACCUUUCCUCCUGCUGCACAGGAAGAUUUUGGGGAUGCUCCUCCAAGCUACGAGGAUGCCAUGGCGGAAGCUCUUGGGCCAGUGGACGGCCCGCGGCGCGAGUAUAAUCCUCCAGACACGGGGUCAUGGCCAACAACUGAUCAAAAAGGUUCAGCAAAUAGCAAAGAUGACGACCGGCUCUUCCCCAAUAGCGGUUUCAUGAACGCCUCAAUGGAGUCGUUCUUCGAUACUCAUUCCACGACGCCUGUGGAUGGACAUAUCAGUAAUUGCAAUUUGGUAGACCAGCCUGUCUCAUCACCAUCUUCGACUGGUCAAGCUCAGCAGAACCAACUUUUCGAGAACUCCCAAAACUCCCAAUCGCAACCAGUGCAGGAACAGUCACAACGGAGACCAAGGCCAUUCAUGGGGGUCCCUAGUAGGAAACCAGUGCCAGGGUCUAAAAAGUACGCUUAA